CGUCAUCAAAUGUGAGAUGAAAUGAUUGAUUUAUGCAUACUGACUUAUGAACCAUGCGUAUAGUAGAGAAAUGUGAAAACAGAAUCUUUCAUAUUUCUUGAAAAUCCUAGGGCCGAAUGUGGUCCUUAUUAUCCCUACUUCUUUAAUAUUCUUUCCACUGAUCAAUAUAUACAUUCUACUUGACACGUGUAGAUAAAAUAAUGUUAUAACUUGGGUGUGAGCUCUUGAAUGUAUCUGUAGUGAAUUGUCUUUCUUGUUACUACCACAACAGAAAAACCUGACCUGUGUGUACUUUACAAAGUACGAGGCAGAUGGCUAUUCAAUUAAGGCUUCUCAUAUACUGCGCCAUUCAGAAACCAUCAAAUGGGAAUAAAACAUCCCGCUUACAGGAGAGUAGCAGGUUUAUGAUUGUGAGGAAACACCAAAACCAGACAUUCUCUUUCUCAGCUGUGCUCUCAUCAUACGAAAACAUAAUAAAGUCAAGGUGAAAACAACAGAUUUUAAAGAAAUUAAAGCUCAAAUAAUCAGCACCCGUAAGAUGCGCUGUGUACGAUUAAACGUCACCGACGUUAUCUCCCGUGAUUGACAGCCGAUAGCGCUAAUCAUCAUCGUGAAUAGACCUCAAUCGAGUGAAGUUGAAAGAGAGUGUUGUCUGCGGUUUGUUUGUCUAAGAUCGGAAAUCUUGAAGCAUUACCACGUGGAUAUAGCACUAUGGAGCAGGUCCAAAGUCACGCCCCUUCACUAUAACACUAUCACAGCAACUGCUCAGUGCAGGUUGCUCUCUGUAUUCCAGUAGUAACGUAAAGGAAUGAUGGAGGAAAACGCUUAUGUACUUCUGCACAAAAUUGACGAGGGUGCAUUUGGAGAAAUUUUCUGUGUUCGGGGUCGUAAAGACAAACAAUUGCUAGCAAUGAAACAAAUUCUGUACCGCGGAGAUAUUUCUAGUGAUCCUUACAUAAUGCAUGAGCUUAGAAAUCUGUCAAAUUUAAAGCACAAAAAUAUUAUUAUGUUAAUGGACGUUAUCAUAACAGAUAAAUCUGUAAACUUGGUUAUGGAAUUGGCUGAAAAUGGAAACUUGGAAGAAGCAGUCCAGGGAAACAAAGUUGCCAGCGACCAGUUCUCUCACAUCUUUCAUCAAAUAUUGUCAGCUGUUCACUUCUGUCAUUUAAAUAAGGUUGCACAUCGGGACUUAACGCCAUGUAACAUUCUACUCACAAGUCAGACGAGUGUUCGAUUGGCAGAUUUUGGUCUGUCCGUUCCUUGUCGUGAUUCCGAGGGCAAAGUGAUUCUGUGUGACGACUACCUCGGACAUCUACAUUAUUCAGCCCCGGAAGUGUUGAAAAAGACCCCAUACGACCCUCUGUUGUCAGACAUGUGGAGUCUCGGAGUGGUUCUAUACUUUAUGAUUCAUUCAAGCGUCCCUUUUGUCGGCGAGGAAGAAGACAUUAUUUCUCAACAAACGGACAUUAAGAUGGUCACGGAUAAAAUCAACAGAAAAAAAGAAUCUAAAGAUACAUACUUUGGAAUGCUUCAAGUUGUCAUGAAAAAUGUACUGCGGGUAGCUCCAGCGAAGCGUCGUGUUACGGGUGACUUGUUACAGCUUAUGAAUAAUGAAACAUAAAAAGGCAACUUAAGGGGGGAAAAAAAGCAUCUGCAACAUUCCUAGUCAAUGUUAUAAGAGUUUUGUUUUGUUUGAACUGAACGCAUACACCGUGGAUGCGUUUUGUGUUUUUGUUAAAUUGUCUUUGUUGGAGAAGUAUUUCAUGAAUAAAUACACAGAAUCUAUC